UUUGGUGUAGAAAUUCAAACUUUUUAAUGACUUUUUUUUUAUUCCUCUUUUAAUGUAGAGGAAGAGUGUAUUAAUGUUAAAAGAGAAUUUGUGGAAAGAAAACACAGAAGGGAGAAAAUACUACCUUCUUUUUAAGGUCUUUUAGUGCUGAUUAACACACCCUGAGUUUUCUUGUGAUUUUUUUUCUUCUUAUUUCUUGUGAAAUGUAAAUUAAUGUGAUUUUUUGUGUGAUAAUCAUCUACAUUGGAUAUUCAAGAUCAUUUAAGAAGGCAAGAGAUAAACAAGGGCCUGAUGACAACCCUGAUGAUGCCGAGCGACUACGGCGUGGAGAUGUACCUCGGAUCCUCUCCGGUCCUCACCUCGGGCUACCUGGCUCAGCCCUUCAUCCACGACUACUCCAGACUACCCCUGCAGGCCGCGUCGCCCCCCUGCCAGGCCAGCCCCCUGCAGGCCAGCCCCCUGCACACCUUCUGGGGCCACAGCGCCAACACCACCAACAACAACAGCAGCUGCAACUUCAACAGUCUCAACCACAACAACAACACCAUCAGUGGUUCUUCCUCGUCUUCCUCCUCUUUGUCUUCCUCCUCCUCCAACAACAACAACAACUACAACCACAGCAGUCACUUCCCCAGCAGUUUCAGAAGCGCGCUCGACGGAGGGCCCCUCUCGGCGUCGUGUUCCUCCGAGUACAGCCAGGGCCUCUUCUCCAGAAAUACUUUUCGGCGGGCGAGUAGUCGACGCUCCCCCCCCAAGAAGGUGGUGGAGACGCCCACGCUCACCUUGCAGCCCAUCAAGUCAUGCCUCGUCGCACGCCAGGAGGACGAGUAUGAGGAGGGCGCCAUCUCGCCGACCCGGUUAAAAAAGCGGGUGGUGUUUGCGGACGACCAGGGCCACCCGCUCACGCAAGUACGACUCCUCACCGAGCGCUCCGACUGCCCGCCCAGAUGGACUGCCGACUUCCUGGAGCAGGUGACCGGCGGCGCCCAGGCGGAGGCGCUGGCGGACCAGUGGGAGCUCGCCUUCCGCCAGCCUGCCUCGGACUACCUGGGGAUGAAGGCCCGGCUGGAGGCCAACAACGUCUCGCUCGAAAACGUCUUGGUCAAGGAAUCCGAAGCCAGAGUCACCGGCACGGUUAAGGUCCGCAACCUGUCGUACCACAAGCAGGUGAAGGUGCGCUACACGACCAGCAACUGGGCGGCGCACGACGACGUCUACGCGGACUACGUGCCGUCCGCCGCCACCGCCACGGGCGCCUCCUACGACCUGUACGACACCUUCACCUUCGCCCUGCCGCUGCCGUCGUCCAGCCAGGCCGACAAGCUGGAGUUCUGCGUGUGCUACAGCUGCCACGACGCCGACUACUGGGACAACAACAACAACCAGAACUACGUGCUGGUCUCGUUCCGACCCAAGGGCGCCAAGCAGCAGGACGCCAAGCCCCUCGACGCCUACCACGUGAGCCUGGACGCGUGGAGCGAGUUCGCGUCGUGGAACCACCUCAGCGUGGACGACUCGCCCUACUGGUGAGGGGAGGCCGCGGGCGGAGGAGGCGACGGAGGCGGAGGCGACGAAGCAGGAGGCGACGGAGGCGGAGGCGACGGAGGCGGAGAGGGGUGGACCGGAAUGGCGAAGGGAUGGAAGAUGGGCGUGAGAUGGAUAGGAAGAGGAGGAGGAGGAGGAGGAGGGAGGUAAAAGGGAGGAGGAGGAAGAGGAAGGAAGGAAGGAAAAGGAGGAGACAAGAGAAGAAGAAUGAGGUGGAGGGCGAAACCGUGAAUGGAAAGUGUGAAUAGACAGACCAGACUAGAUUGUCGAGGUAGAGAGAGAGACUGAAAGAGAUUAGAGAGACAAAAGAUAGAAGAAGAGAGAGAGAGAGAGAGAGAAAGCGUCACGUAUCUUCAAGAUAGGCCUAGAGGCGACGGCGAAAUAGGCCUAAGUGACCCAAGAGACGGACUAGGAAUGCAGUAGAGAAGGAAGUUGCCCUCGGCCUCUGCUGGUGCUAAUUAUUGUGUGUAUAUAUAUAGUUCUGUCGGUGUGUGCAUAGAAGAAGGAAAUUUUUAAAAAGAAGUGUAUCUUCUAUAUUAUAUAUACAUGGAUGAAUAAACGUAUAUCUAUUUUAGUCCAGUGGAUGAAGCAGAGGAGUAAAUAAUUGGCCAAGAAAUUUUUGAAAGAAUUCAGGUGUGACUGAAAGUUUUUAGUAUGAUUAUAUGUAUAUAUAUUUUCGUAAGUGAGGAUUACUGUCAAGUGCCUUUUAUUGUAAAGGUCUCGGCAGACAAUUGGAAAAUAGAAAAAAAUUAAUA